AUGGAAACUACCAAACACAAUCUAAAUAGUGCAGGAAAACCAAGUUUAAAUAUUGCAUUAGUCUCAGAUUUCUUCUAUCCAAGCAAAGGUGGUGUCGAGACACACAUAAAAACAAUUGGAGAAGAGCUUUAUAGCCUUGGACACUCUGUGAUUAUCAUAACUCACAAGUAUAAAACAAAAAACGAAAACUAUGAAGGAGUAAAGAAAAUAGGUAACCUAGUUGUAUAUUAUUUGGAUAUUCCAAUAAUAGCAAAAAAUGGAACAUUUCCCACACUUUUUACCAAUUACAUUCUUUUCAGGGAAAUCUUUAUAAGACACAAUAUUCAGAUUGUCCACGGCCAUCAAACUGUAUCAAGCCUAUGCUUUGAAGGUGUUUAUCAUGCAAGCAAUUUAAAUAUCAAGACAGUAAUCACAGAUCACUCUUUAUUUGAAGUGGCUAAGUUUGAAAGAAUACUAGUUAAUGGUUUAAGCAGAUUUAUAUGUAAGAACGUAGACUGGGCUAUCUGCGUUUCAGAGAUUUCAAAAGAAAACACACAUAUUAGGACAAAUAUACCCCUUGAGAGAAUAUCUGUGAUUCCUAACGGGAUAAUACCUGAGAAAUUCUAUCCCGUUUCAAGGAAAAUAAGAAAAACCAAAAGAAUACUUGUAAUGUCAAGGUUAGUCUUUAGAAAAGGUGUUGAUCUUUUGAUUGAGGCUCUUCCUUUGAUUUGCAAAAACAAAGAUUUUGAGGUUAUUAUCGUUGGCAAUGGCCCGAAAAAAUCAGAGAUCUUACAGGCUAUUGAUGAAAAUGAUUUGCAUGGCCAAGUUAAGCUUUUAGAAGAAGUAGAGUAUGAGAAAGUUCCAGAUUUUCUAAGAAGUGCAGAUAUUUUCCUGAACACGUCUUUGACUGAAACAUUUUGUUUGGCUAUACUGGAAGCUGCCGCCUGUGGGUUGUUAGUUGUCAGUACGAAUGUUGGUGGAAUCCAUGAAAUACUGUGCAACGAGGGAAUACUCUUUUGUGAGCCUACUGCGGAUGGAAUUUCCCGACAGUUAUCUAAUGCAUUCAAGAUGAUUAACCAACAUGAUCCAUUUAAGCUUUACAGUUAUAUUUUAGGGAAGUACAACUGGAAAACGAUUGCAAAGCAAAUUGAAGAUGUGUAUUACUGUAUUCCUACCAAAACAAUAGAUUUUAAAAACGUAAUGCUGCAAUUUCCCGGAAGAAGUAACUUUAUUUGCAGAUUUGGCAUGUUCAUUGAGCAUUUGCAAAUAAAAUUAUAUGACUUCUUCAAAUUUAAUAAAUAUCUGUAA